CAUCAUCAUUUGUUGAGGCAACAAUUGCGUGUUCGCAAGCGGCGGCAAGUCGCACAAGCGACGUUUCAGCGAUGUCUCUCUUUAGGAAACCUAACAGAAAAUUUCGGCAGAGACUGCAUCACAGUGACACCGAAGACGAAGCAGAGGUGACAAAUGUUGAGGAGGAAAAGUCGCCGCCUCGAGUGGAGACGCCAGCGGCGGCGGUAGAGGCAGAGGAAUCGAAGGCGCCGGCGUCGCUACUUAGUUUCGGUGAUGACGACGAAGAGGAGACGGAGGUGUUCAAAGUGCGGAAGUCGACAUACAGCCGACGUCUGGCCAAACAGCUGGAACGUGACCGCAAGAAGAAGCUUCGCGAGGCAACGAAGGUGGAAGUCAAGCCAGAGCCUGAGCCACUACCUUCUGCGCUUCCUGAAAAGCCCUCUGCGCGGCCUUUUAGUGAUGAGCUUGAAAUUAAGAUUAAGAACACAUUCAAGAUCCUCAACUCUGAAGAAAUCAAGGGAUCUGAGAGUGAGGAAGAGGAGGAAGGAGAGGGACCUCAGUAUCGGCGUCUCAGAAAUGUGAUCCAAAGUGGUGUGAUUCCCGAUGCGGCUACUAUCUAUGCUUUGAAAAAGCGAAGACAAAUGGCGCGCGAGAUGGGUGACUUUAUUCCCCUGGAGCAGGAGGACCAAAAAGGACGUGCUGGUGAGGAGGAAGACCAGAGUGAAGACGAGGAGGGUCGCAUCAACUUUACAGUGAACACAGCCGCCAUAGAGAAGCAGCGUGCCAGGGAGGCGCUUAUUCAAGCGCAGGAAGAGCAAAGUGGUGACGAAGUGGCUCGCGAGGAUGUUGCAGAGUUGGAGCGCUGGGAGCAGGAGCAGAUGAAGAAGGGCGUCAGCACUGCACCAGUUGCAGCAGUCCCGACACCAGAGGAACCCUGUAUUGUGCCAGCAUACUUCACAGAGCAGCCGGUCCCUGUGUUAAUCCAGGACCGGCAGAACCUCAGCUCGCAGGCUGUCCUUGAGCGGAUCACAGAUCGGCUCAAUACAGUCCGUGAAAUGCUGGCUCUGCAUCGGCGGCAGAAAACGCAGGCGCUGACUGACCUGGAGGUGUCAGCAGAAGCCUCUGCACAGCUUCGUGAGGAGCAGCCACAGUUGGAAACAAACUUCCGCUUCUUCCAGGAGAUGCGGUCAUAUGCUGCUGAUCUUAUUGAAUGCCUUGAUGCCAAGACACCCGUGAUCUUGGCCCUGGAGGGACGCAUGAUGUCGCUGUUUUGUCAGCGCAGUGAGAAGCUUGUACAGCGUCGGCACCAGGACAUAAAAGACCAGGCUGAAGAAUGCAACCUUGCAGUGAAGGGUUUGCGGGGACUGCCCGUGGAGCCUAACAAUCGAGGCAGCCAACAGCGCAGUUGGCGGGCUGCUGAGCGAGAGGGCCGCAGAGUGCGCAGACGCAAAGCCCGUGAGGCUCAGCAGCAAGGCUUGGCACAGCAGCGGAAUUUGGCGCAUCAUGAUGGCAUGUCCACGGAUGAUGAGCAGCCUGAUGCCGACAGGCUGGCCUUUGACAAGGAGCGAGAGCUUAUCCUGGAUGAUGCGCGGCACGUCUUUGAAGAUGUGACGGAGCACUUCAGCAACGUGGCUUCCCUGAAGCAGAAGUUUGAACGCUGGAAGCAGGACUUUGGUGAAUCUUACGAGCAGGCCUACAUUCCCUUGUGCUUGGUCAAGCUGCUGGUGCCCUUUGUGCGACUGCAGAUGGUUGCUUGGAAUCCCAUUGAGAAGCCUGAGAGCCCAGAAGGCUGUGGAUGGUACGAAGCACUCCUGUUCUACGGCGAGGACACUCCAGAUGACCCUGACCUGUGCCUGCUGCCUCGCGUUGUGGAGCGUGUUCUUCUGCCAAAAAUGGCAGCACUGGCAGAGAAGGUCUGGGACCCCAUGUCCAGCACCCAGACACUGAACCUGGUGCGGACAGCCAAGAAGCUGGUUGAGGAUUACCCAACGGUCAACGCCCAAAGUCGGCACCUACAGAACUUCUUGGCCAAGGUGGCAGCACGUAUUAGUCGAGCUUUGGAUGAAGAUGUCUACAUUCCCCUCUAUCCCAAAGAGGUCCUAGAGAACAGGUCAGGAGCACCUGCGGCCUUCUUUCACCGGCAGUUUUGGUCCUGCCUUAAGCUUAUGAAGAAUGUCCUCAGCUGGCAAGGCCUGCUGGCUGAGGAGCCACUCAAAGAGCUGUCCUUGUGCAGCCUGCUGAACCGUUACCUGAUUGUGGCCCUGCAGGCCGGCCUCUCUCAAAGGGACACAGUUGAAAAAUGCACCCGCCUGGUGUCAACGUUGCCAACAGCAUGGCUGCGAGGGAGCCCACUUCCACAGCUGGAGUUGUUGACACGCUUUCUGCGACUCUACCGGCAGCACCUGGAGGGCCUCUGUGCUUCCUCUGCUUUGGGACCGGAUAUGCAUGCCAGAGACGCGCUGGAAGAAGUUGGAAAGCUUCUGGCCUCACUGACAGACAAGGCCAAAUCAUAAGACAUGUUGGAAAUAAAAGAGGCACUUUUGCAUUGCAACAUUCUUGUGGCAGUGUAGGAGUGUCAUACUUGUGUAUCUUUGUCAUCCUUUUUCCCUCGUCAUAAUUUUCUCAAUUUUCAUUUAGUAGACAAUGGGCCUUUUCGAUUUUCCACUUCUGGCUACCUGCGGGCUGCCAGAGCCAGCCAGAACGCCUUCGUCUUUCUCGGAUUGCUCUGCCCACCGCACAAUGCACUUCCGCCGCAUGUUCGUUUUACUCGGGCUGGACGUUUCUGGCUACCUGCGGGCUGCCAGAAACAGCCAGGACGAUUUAGGUCUGGCUGUUCUCUGGAAGUUCUCUGGCUAGCGGACAGCAAAAAGAGGCGACGAGCGCUCGCUGCCAUCUUCAUGGGGGCUUCACGGAUUGCAACACGGGCACUUGAAGACUUUUACCUCGCUCAGUCAACUGGCGACGGUCACCUUUGGAUUGCAUUACUUCUAGUGUUAUUUUUUAAGGUUCUGACGCACCGCUCCGCCUUGCGAGGUGGUGCGAUACGUGUGGUGGUGAACCAUUUAAAGUGUUCUUUUGUGUCUGUGUGUGUUUGUCCUGUGAAGGCUUGUUCCCAGUGCUGUGAACAGUGUGCCGCACUCAUGUGUAAAUGCUAUCUGCAUUGUGUUCCGCGCAAGUUGUAGAUGCUCUGCCCUUUUGUUCUGCCCCACAAAUUGCAGUGCCUUUUCAGUUCAUCUUUCUCUGGUGGUAUUCCUUUUCACAUCUCUCGCGUAUGUGCGGUGAUAUGUUGAUUUUCUGGAGUUAGCAAAGGCGUCGCAGCUGGCCUGUGUUCGCUUCGUCUCUCCGUCAUAUCCUUGGGUGGCAGCUCGAAACCGAUGUGUACUCAUGAUAGGCCGUUGAUGUUAAAGGCAUGCACUAGUUGUGUAAUGGCCACAUGUACAUUAGUUUAUUGCUCUCAUGAUCAACCAGUACUAUUUUUGGUGUGAAACCUCUAGCUGGUCACGUGCGGUGUGCAUUUUCAUGCGCCUACUGCAGCCUCAGCUCCUUGAAUGAGCAUCUUUAAUGCCUCUGUAUGUAUGUAUAAUCCCCAUUUGUAACCUUAUUAUUAUGCAAAUAAAGAACUCUCAAACAA